CCCCUUUUUAAUCACUGCAAAAAUUCUCGAAGCUCAACGAGAGUGAAAGUUCCUCGUCUCUCAUCCCGGUCCCAAGGCAACAAACAAACAACAAGACAGUGAAAAAGAAAAGGUAGUAAAAUGAAAAUUUUGUAAAUUCGUCGAAGAAGAAGAAGAAGAAGAAAAUGAGCAUAGUGCCGAAGGAGACGAUCGAAGUGAUAGCUCAAAGCAUAGGCAUAAACAAUUUGUCAGAUGAUGCUGCUCUUUCUCUUGCUCCCGAUGUUGAGUAUCGCAUGCGCGAGAUCAUGCAGGAGGCGAUUAAAUGUAUGCGUCACUCAAGGAGGACUAUAUUGACAACAGAUGAUGUUGAUGGUGCACUUAACUUAAGAAAUGUUGAGCCUGUAUAUGGCUUUACAUCUGGAGGUCCUUUGCAGUUCAAAAGGGCUAUUGGGCAUAGGGAUUUGUUUUACGUUGAUGAUAGGGAUGUGGAUUUGAAAGAUGUUAUUGAAGCUCCUUUACCAAAAGCGCCGCUUGAUACUGGAGUUGUUUGUCACUGGCUUGCUAUUGAAGGAGUACAACCUGCUAUUCCAGAAAAUGCACCUGUGGGAGCAAUUGCUGCUCCUUCUAAUGGCACUACUUACGAACAAAAGGAGGAGCUCCCGGUUGACAUUAAAUUACCUGUUAAGCAUGUUCUAUCUAGGGAGCUUCAGCUCUAUUUUGAUAAGAUCACGGAGCUAACUUUGAGAAAGUCUGAUUCAACACUGUUUAAAGAAGCAUUAGUGAGUUUGGCUACAGAUUCAGGACUUCAUCCAUUAGUUCCUUAUUUCACUUACUUUAUAUCUGAUGAGGUUUCUCGUGGUUUAAAUGAUUACUCGCUUCUAUUUGCUUUAAUGCGUGUUGUUUGGAGUCUUCUCCAAAAUCCUCACAUCCACAUAGAACCUUAUCUGCACCAAUUGAUGCCAUCUGUAGUGACCUGCCUUGUUUCUAAAAAAUUAGGGAACAGGAUUGCUGACAAUCACUGGGAACUUAGAGAUUUUACAGCAAAGUUAGUUGCUUCUAUAUGCAAAAGAUUUGGUCAUGUUUAUAACACUCUUCAGACGCGUCUUACAAAAACUUUGCUCAAUGCACUUCUGGACCCAAAACGGGCAUUGACCCAACACUAUGGUGCAGUUCAAGGGUUGGCUGCCUUAGGACCAAAUGUGGUCCGUCUCCUUAUUCUACCAAAUCUUGAGCCAUACCUUCGACUCCUUGAACCAGAGUUGUUACUAGAGAAGCAAAAGAAUGAGAUGAAGAGAUAUGAAGCUUGGCGGAUUUAUGGUGUCUUGCUGCGUGCGGCGGGUCAAAGCAUAUUUGAGCGCCUCAAGAUUUUUCCACCUUUACCAUCAACUCCAGCCCAUGCUAUCUGGAAGUCGAAAGAAAAAGUUGUUACUGCAGCGCCAAAUAAGCGCAAGGCGAGCACAGAGCCUAUGGAACACGAACCAGCCUUGAAGAAAAUAGCAACUGAUGGCCCCACCACGGUUUCAGCCAACUCCUCACCAUCUCCCAUGCAAGUUGAAACGGUGACAACACUUGCUUCACCAGGUAAAUACGAAGCAGGCCAGCCAUCAUCAUCUGAAAAGAUGCCCAAUAGAGUUGGAAAAGACGGUAAAGUAUUGAAGAAAUCAGCCAUCCUUAAUCAAAUUUGGAAGGAUGACUUGAAUUCUGGACGUACAUUGGUAACGGUGUUCGAACUGUUUGGUGAAAGCAUUCUCUCCUUCAUUCCGUCUCCUGAGAUGUCUUUGUUUAUAUAACAUGUUGUAGAAUAGCUUAUUUCUUAUCGUUAUCGGCGUUAGAAAAUAUCAAACUGCGUUCAUCUGAAUCAUUAAACUAAAUCUUUGCAAUUUCAUUGCCGAUUUCAUUCGAUUUA